UGCUCGUCCGAAUAUAAAAAUGGCGCCAGCUAGCGGCGUCACAUCACGAACUAGCCGCACCUACUCCGCACGACUUCUGCAGCCACCACACCUCCCGCGAAGCACAGCGAAGAUUCCACUAGCAGAAGCCAGAUCGAGACAGGACGGAAUCCCACGGAGGCGCAGGGGCGCGAGCCAUGGAGAUGGAGAUCGCCAAGGUCGACCUCCGCGGGGUGGUGCCCGGGGGCGCAGCGUGGGAUGCCGCCCGCGCCGCGGUGACCGCGUCCAUGGUGGCGCACGGCUGCGUCGUGGUGGCGCACGACGCGCUCGGCGCGGACCUCCGGCGGGCGCUCUUCUCCCGUGCCCUGCCGGAGCUCUUCGCGCUCCCUCUCGAGGUCAAGCAGCGGACGGUGUCGGACAAGGGGCAGUUCAGAGGCUACAUCGGCCAGCAGCCCGGCAUGAACUGGGAGAGCCUCCGCGUCGGGGAGCCCACCGACGCCGCCAGCGUCCGCGGCUUCGCCGAGAUCCUCUGGCCGGAGGGGAACCCGGAGUUCUGCGAGACGAUCCUGUCGUUCGCCAAGAACAUGAAGAAGCUGGAGGAGAUGGUGGAGACGUUGGUCCUAGAGGGCCUCGGCACCAGGGGGGAGAGCAUCGACGCACACUUUGGCUUGCUGGGCCACGGCUUCCGGCUGUCGCACUACGGCGUGCCACCGGACACGGAGAGCAGCAUGUCCAUGUCGCCGCACUGCGACGACAGCAUGGUGACCGCGAUCGUGCAGCACGAGGUGGAAGGCCUCGAGGUGCACGUCGGCGACGGGCGCUGGGUCGCCGUCCCUGCCGAGACCGGCACCAUCACCUUCGUCGCCGGCGAGCAGCUCAGGGUCGUGACCAACGGGCGCGUGCCGGCGUGCCUCCACCGGGUGAGGACGCCGAGCAACCGCGAGCGGUUCUCGGUGCUGUUCGGCCGCCGGCAGAAGGACGGCGUCUUGGUGCGCGCGCUGGAGGACCUCGUCGACGCGGAGCACCCGCUGGUGUACAACCCGCUGCGGCACGAGGAGUACUCCAAGUGGCGUUACUCGGAGGAAGGGCUCAAAUUCGACGAUCCGCUCAAGGUCUACUGUGGAGUGGACAAGGAGGAGAAGGUCGUCGGAGCCAUGGCGUGAUGAUCCUAUUCUAUUCCUAUCACUAUCCCAGGCAGCUACUACCUCAAAUAAUGUCCAGCGCCAGCGGACCAACCUUUAUUUACCAAUAUAAGUCGCUAUCGAUCGUUAUCUUACCCAUACUAGUAUCUGGC